AUGGAAUCAAUUCGGCCUCAGUUCUAUCCCAAUACGCUGCAACCAUCGGAAAUUAGCAAGACUAAUCUUGAAAACAUCCUGCAAGAGCUACAACUAGCUAUCAAAAACAGCGUAGAUAUCAUCGCAAAGAACUGUCAACGCCCAACGGAUGCCAGUGCCUACGGCAACAUCUACGGUGGAACACCAGGAAUCAUCCUCACGCUUCUCCGACUAGAACGCCAAAAACUAUCCAUUCAGCAGCCGGCCGAACAAGAUUACUAUAAAAUCGCAUCUAACUUGGUUAUACAGACGCCGUCAGACAUCGAACUCAUCGAUGGCCGCCUGUCCCCCUUGGCCUCGAAUGUAGCGCCAUCGUUUAUGCGGAUUUUAGCUUACUGCGAACAAUUCAAUUUGCGACCAGAGGCAGACCUAACUCCGGACCCGGAGGAUUUCAAGGUCUUUAGUCAAGCGGUUGAGAGAGCAACUCUUCAUGGCCCGGUAUAUACUUUCAAGGGUUUCAGUCUCGGGGGAGAUGAACUCAUAUUCGGUCGCGCAGGGUUACUAUGGGCUUUGCUCACGUUGAAAAAGCAUGUCGGUUUGACGACGCGGGCAACCGAAAUACUUACAACACAUAUAAACACAGCUUUACAGAGCAUUCCUCAACUUGUCAAUGCUAUUAUCGGAGGAGGCAAGCAAGGCUCUCGAAAUUUCGUGAAAUUAUACGGUCCCAAAGAUGCUUUGCCUCUAAUGUGGCAAUGGAUGGAGGGAUACUAUGCACUAGGCGCCAUGCACGGUGCAACAGGUAUCCUAACAAUGCUACUUUCAUGCGACCUCUCGGACGACCAACAACAGGAUAUUGUAGACACCGUAACUGGUCUCUGCCGAAUAUGUAUAGACAAAAAGGGACAUUUCCCCAUGUCUGUUCCUGAUCGUCCAGAUGCGGCGAUGCGGCCGUCACCUUUCGUGCAGCUAUGUCAUGGCCCGCCUGGAUUACUUGUUUUGUUGGGCGUGAUCUAUGAGAAGGCGUCUUUUGUAGAACGAUUUUGGAGACCUGAGUGGGAUCUUGCGAUUCGCCUGGGUGCGGAGAGGAUUUGGGAAGAAGGGUUGUUGUCAAAGGGGGGGAACGUGUGUCACGGUUUGACGGGGAACGCAUGGUCUUUACUACAUUUACAUAAUGUAUACGAAUAUUACGGACACUCUCUUCAAGCAGCGAAGGAUAAAAGAAUGGCAGAACUCGAGAAAUCUGGCCUCGUCAUCGACAGAGAAACGGAGACUCUGGAUGGAGACUACUUCCUUUCCCGCGCACUGCCAUUCAUGAUGCUUGCCCGUCAAUCACAACCGUACAGCCAAGAGAUCGAUAUCAAGACAACCUUUGACUUUCGUGCGCCUGAUCGACCAUACAGUUUCGGGGAGGGUUUGGCAGGUCAAAUGAUUGCUUGGGCAGAGACAUGUGCUGUUCUAAAAGCUCGUUUGCGAAAAAUGGAGCUUGAAUCGGACAAUUUGGCUUUUGAUAAAGAUGAGUCGUUGAGAGAAUCCUUGUUGGCGCAGCAGCUUGGUCUCUUUGGGUUGGUUGUUAAUGGGGCAAAGACUGUUUAA